CGAUUAGUCUUAAUUCUAGCGGUGUUAGACUAAAAUAACGGAGCAGUGAUUGAACUUGUUGUUCCACUGCAUCUGACCCCCUAUUCCUGUCCAACCUACUAUUCAGUACAGGUCACCUUGACAAUGCCACCAGUCACUCGCUCCACGCGCCGCAAUCUUCCCACCUUCCUCCAGGAGCCAUCAGCUCGCCAGUCAACCACGUCUCCGCCGCUGCGCCUGAGCGAACCCACUCGUACCGGCAACCCCGGCCUCCUCGACUGGAUUUCCGUAACUCCGGCCCUCAUCUGGGACCAUGCCAAGCAGACCGAUGCGAUCGACGAAUUCUUCGACCAGCUACGGGGACAUCAUAGCUCCGUCGCCCUCCGACUCCAGCGCUCCCGCUCCCUCGAAGCCCCGAACACCGAAUAUCUCAUGAUCGGUUCGUCGAUCCUGCCCCGUCCACUGCACCAGUUCUCCCCCGGGAGGGCAUCCUAAUGAGACCCCCAGAAUGGAGCCACGCUUCCACGCGAGCCAAAUUCAUCGACUCAGACCACUACACCUCUUUGAUGGAUCUCCUCGGACGAUUGACACAGGGUAGAUCCGUGCACCUCGCCCUGGUGGACUUCUCGGCCACCACGCGCCAGUACGCCUUCCACCUCGACACCCGGGGCCCCGUCGACCACUUCGAACUCCUGAUGGUCUACUUCCCCCGCCACCUGUCCGAGCAGCAGACGAGAGCACUCACGCACUGCGAUCGGCCGUUCCUUCUGCGCGGCUGGUUCCCCGGCCAGCCGUGUGUGGAGAUCGAGCCGCACCCGGUCUACCAGUUGGUUGACUGGACGCGGGGGUGGUUGGUUGACACCACUGGUGCUGGUGCUGGUGCUGGUGCUGCCGCCGUGGACUUCCAGGGCCAUCGCGGGGCGCAGUGCCUGAUCUACUUUCUGCGGCGGAAUGGGCGGGCCGGGGAGAAGAGCUACAAGUCGAUCCGCGAGACGCAUGCGGUGGAUUGGUGGGGGGAGUUUUUGGCUCGGUUGGAGGAGCUGGGGAUGUUGGGUGUGUGAGAGUCAGCAUGUGCAGUUUUAUAGACGUUCGCAUUAGCAGUACGGUUAUCUAUGGUGAGGCUUGUCGUGUUCUCUUUGUUUGGUUGGGAUGAGAAUGAGUACUUAGGAAGGUUUAUAUGGCUUGUUCUUUUAUGCCAGUCUGCCUAUCUUGUCUAGAACUAGAUAUCGCAAUCUUUGGGGGCCAGAAAGAAAGCAAGUGAAUGCCAAGCUGGCUCCAUCGUUCAUCUUAAGUUGCAUCCUUCAGGCCUGAGAACUGAGUCAGGAUUCUCGUCGCGCGAGCUGAGCAUCAUAGCGCAGGUGGCUCUCUCGAAC